CAGAUAUAAUUUACUAGGUGUGGCUCUAUUUAAGGAAUUGCUUUCAAUAUUGAGUAAUUUGUACGAUCAAACACAACUGGCGUUAGGACACAGAAGAGUACCAUUGGCUUGCUAUAUAUUCUGUGCUUCCGUUUACGUUAGCAUCUCAAGAAGAGGCUGGUGAAAAAUGGGAAUUCUGACAGUGGCUCUGAUUGGGGCUGGAGCCGCCUCUUCCAUUGUUGCGGCCCCUGUGGUUUUGGGGGCAAUGGGCUUCACAUCGGCUGGAAUAGUAGCCGGUUCCAUCGCUGCAAAAAUGAUGAGCGCAGCGGCUGUGGCCAAUGGAGGAGGCGUUGCAGCUGGAAGCAUGGUGGCUGUCCUUCAAUCUGUUGGAGCUGCAGGACUGUCUGCUACUGCUAAUGCAGCACUGGGCACUGUAGGUGGGGUGAUUACUGCCGCCAUAGUACGCUGAAGAAAAGAAGUGCCUUCAGAAAACUAAACAAAAAUGACAAUCCUUCCUAAAGUCAGAAUAAGUGCUUAAAAAUCUAAUUGAAAAUUAAUAAAACAUGCAUUAUUGGUCA